AUGAUGCGUUACUCAAUUUCCUUCUUGCUCGCGACCUAUGCCUUUGCUGCUGCAGUGGAGGAAAUCGCCGAAGUUCCCAAAUACUUGAAACUCCCUGUCGAACGUUCUUUCGGUGACUCUAUCGAUAAACGUUCCCAUGAGAAUGUCCCAGAAUUUGAGAAAAGAGAUGGUGUCGUUAUGACUCUCAACAACAAGAGAGUCUACUACGAUACUCAAUUGCUCUUGGGAUCUAACCAACAGAAGAUCAACGUCUUAGUGGAUACUGGUUCUUCAGAUUUGUGGGUGCCUGCUUCCAACGCCUACUGUAGCUAUUCAUCCCCUUACUCCAGCUCCAGCUCGGCCAACAUGGUGGAGGGCGAGUUGGAGGAUGUCUCCCGUCCAAACAUUGUUGACCUUGACAACCUACUUCUUGACAACAAGGGCAGUCCCACCGAUAAGUUGGAGAAAAGAGCUACAUCUACCAUUCCAUUGUACGGCCUGACCUCAAGUGCCUCCAGUGGUGGCAAUCUUUGUACCACAUUUGGAUCAUUCAAUCCUAACUCCUCUUCCUCAUUCCACCUCAAUUCCUCUGCGCCUAGCUUCUCGAUUUCCUAUGCCGAUGGCACUACUGCUAAUGGCUUCUGGGGACAAGACACCAUACUGUUCGGCGGUGUCUCCGUAAAUGACGUCAGUUUUGCGAUCGCCAACAGAACAUCUUCUCAAAACGCUGUUCUCGGAAUCGGACUUGCUGAUCUUGAAGCUACAAACAUUUUGUCUUCAACAUUUUCGUCACUGUCAAACACCUACACUUACGAGAACUUGCCAAUGCGCCUUAAGUCACAGGGUUUGAUCAAAACAAACUCUUACUCUCUUUACUUGAACAGUAAGACAGCUCUGUCCGGCUCUGUGCUCUUUGGCGCAAUUGAUCAUGCAAAGUAUUCCGGAACCUUGCAACUGGUUCCAAUAGUUCCCACGCUUCGAGAGAGAAAUAACAAGCCUCUGAGAUUGCAGGUUAUUUUGAGCGGCAUGUCCAUUCAAGGUAGUGGUCAAGAUGUUGCAGUCAGCUCAUCGCCUUUCUCUGCAUUGUUUGACUCUGGUUCAACUUACUCUUACAUGCCAAAGAGCGUUCUCAGCAACCUUGCCAGCAAUUUCAACGCUCAAUACAGUUACACAUACGAUGUCUACGUUGUUGAUUGCCUGUACAACAAGCCAGGAUACAAUGUUACUUUUGAUUUCAGUGGUAUUAAGAUCCUGAUUCCAUUGAGCAAUUUGCUCGUUGAGUCUAGAAACCAAUGUAUCUUGACGCUUUUCCCCAGCACUUCGAGUCUGUCAACCAGCCCUACUUCGAUUUUAGGAGAUAACUUCCUUCGCAGCGCAUAUGUGGUUUACGACUUGGAUAACUACGUUAUUGCUAUGGCUCCUAUAGUUUACACCACCACUGAGAAUAUUGAAGUCAUCAGCGGUUCCAUUCCAUCUGCUGUGAAUGCUCCUGGUUUCUCCAGCACUUCCACGAGUGCUGCAACUGCGACAUCUCAGAGUUCAUCCUCGCCUUUGAGUACUCCAAAGGGUAAUGGUGCUACCAGCGGUAAGUCUUGUCCAAGCGGCUGGAUUUUGGUAGCAUUCUCUGUCGUCUCUACCAUUUUCGUCUUGUAG